CCGGCCGGGGUCUCCUGGAGACAACGAUGGCGGGGGAUGUUGGCGGUCGAAGCUGCACAGACUCGGAGCUGCUGUUGCACCCGGAGCUGCUGUCCCAGGAGUUUCUUCUUCUUACUUUGGAGCAGAAGAACAUAACUGUUGAAAAUGACAUAAAAAUAAAUAAAGACAAUCUUACUGAUCUUUAUGUCCAGCAUGCAAUACCAUUGCCUCGGAGAGAUUUACCAAAGAACAGAUGGGGGAAAAUGAUGGAAAAGAAAAGAGAACAACAUGAGAUAAAACAUGAAACUAAAAGGAGUACCACUGUAGACGGAUUAAGGAAAAGACCUCUCAUUGUUUUUGAUGGGAGUUCAACAAGUACAAGCAUAAAAGUGAAAAAGACAGAGAAUGGAGAUAAUGAUCGAUUAAAGCCGCCCCCUCAGGCAAGCUCUACCAAUAAUGCCUUUCGGAAAUCAUCAGAUUCCUCUUCAGGUGUUUCAUCCUUUAUUUUGUCUUCCAAUUUGCCUAUGAACAAUAAAAUGGAACACAAUAAUGAGCCGAAGCAGAACCAUGACUUAACACUUAGAAAAAGUUCUUCAGACCCUGUGAAAUUGCCAUUGAUAGCCCCCGUUGGAACGACACCAGUCAAGUUAAAGCGAGUUGCUCCUAAAGAAGAGGCGGAGCCGAUGGAUAACUUGAAGCCCCCAGAAGCAAAAAGGAAGAUACAGCAUGUUACUUGGCCAUGA